AUGGGGAGUGGGAUCAGGAGUGGGAUGGGGAUGAGAGCGUGCCGAGGCAGCGGGCAGGAGUGCGAGGGAACGUCACACGGGCAGGCAGGACAUGCAGGUGGCAGUGUGACGCUUGUGCGCGGCCACACGGGCUCCGUGGCCUCACCGGACACCUCCAUGCAGCAGGAGCGGGGGGGGCAGAGCCCAGGAACCCCCGAAACCGAGGUCAAGGCUGUCAUCGUGGGGGAUGGCGGCUGCGGCAAGACGUCACUGCUGGUGGCCUUCGCCAGGGGUGACUUCCCCAAGGUCUAUGUCCCCACCGUGUUCGAGAAGUACACAGCGUCCCUCCAGGUUGCCGGCAAGCCAGUGACGAUCCACCUGUGGGACACAGCAGGACAGGAAGACUAUGACAGGCUUCGCCCUCUGUCCUAUUCAGAUGCCAACGUUGUCCUCAUAUGCUUUGAUGUCACCGACUCCAACAGCUUCGACAACAUCCUAACAAAGUGGUACCCGGAGGUGAACCACUUCUGCAAGGGCGUCCCGGUGCUGCUGGUGGGCUGCAAGACGGACCUGCGGCAGGACCAGGAGGUGCUGCAGAAGCUGAAGGACGGACGGAUACAGCCCGUGUCCCGCCAGCAGGGAGAGGCCAUGGCCCGGCAGGUCCGCGCCGUGUCCUACAUGGAAUGCUCGGCCAGGUACCAGGAUAACGUCGGGAACAUCUUUGAGACAGCCUGCAGUGCGGCCAUCAGUGCCGCCCGCCGGAGGCAGCGCAAGGCGAGACCCAGGAGGGUCUGCGUGCUCCUCUGAGCCCCUCGGCUCGGCACAGCCCCCCGGGGAUCUCCUGCUGACCCCAGGCUCCGACCGCACCGCGGCUGCUGCCGCACCUCUGCCUCCGCCACCGGAAUGCCGCUGCCACCGCUGGUCACCAUGGGGUGACAGCAGGAAAGCAUUCCUGGAUGAAAAAACUGUCACGCCUGGAUCCCAGAAUCCUCUCCCUGUCCCACCAGGAGUCCCAGCAUCCUAUCCUUGUCCCACCAUAGAUGUCAGCAUCCCCUGCCAGCUGCGCUCUGGGAGCAGAGAACUGAUUUGGGGACUCCCCUUCCCACUGGCAGGCCAGUGCGGGAGGGUGACACGGGGUGACUGUGGGGUCAUCUGUCAUUAAAGUGACACAAAAGUCGUCAGCGU